UUUGCCUUCUUGUCUUGCUGCAUGCUGCACUAUUGGCAUCUCAGCUUCACAAAACUUUGCUACUGCUGCUCUUGCUUCCCCGUGCUCCUCUUGUUAAAGCUUCACUCGGAUCCCAAGGGAGGGCGUUGCUCCACUGGAAAGCCACUCUCAGGAGUCGUCAAUCCCUGAGAUCUUGGAACCUCAAUUCUAGUCCGUGCAAUUGGACUGGAGUUGCAUGCAAUUACCCCGUCACAGGUAGAGGGCGUUUGGCGAUCACCGAGAUACACCUGCCGAAGAUGGGCUUGGCAGGGUCACUUGAUGCUCUUGACUUCUUGACAUUGAGAUCACUCGUUCGUCUCAAUCUCUCCUAUAAUCAGCUCGGUGGAGCAAUUCCUCCGGCCAUCUCAGUUCUCUCCAGGCUUGUAUCUCUUGAUCUCGCUAGUAAUCAAUUCACAAGCAAAAUCCCAGUUAGGAUGGGCUCCAUGAAGGAGCUCCGAUUCUUGAGUCUUAGCCAAAAUCAAUUGAUUGGUGCUAUACCUCCAUCUCUGAGCAAUCUCACCAGCCUUGUGCAUUUGCACCUGUAUGAUAGUAUGCUUGUGGGUGUCAUUCCAAAGGAGUUAGGGAAGCUCCAUGAGUUGAUGGAUUUGGAUAUUGGGAUUAAUAGACUAUCUGGUUCAAUCCCUUCUAGUCUAGGAAAUUUGACAAAGCUUCAACGCUUAGGUUUUUACAAAAAUCAGCUCUCGGGUCUUAUUCCUGAUGAGAUUGGAAAUCUCAUUGAGGUUAUUGCUUUCAGCUUCCCAAAAAAUCUAUUAACAGGUCCCAUCCCUUCCUCUAUAGGAAACAUGACUAAAUUAAAUAUUCUUUACCUUUGGGAUAAUCAAUUGUCUGGUUUUAUUCCUCUUGAGAUUGGAAAUUUAAUUGAAGUUACGGAUCUCCAACUCUCAAAAAAUCUUUUGAGAGGUCCCAUCCCUUCCUCUAUAGGAAACAUGACCAAAUUAAAGAUCCUUUACCUCUGGGGUAAUCAAUUGUCUAGUUUUAUUCCUCUUGAGAUUGAGAAUCUAAUUGAAGUUACUGAUCUCUCACUCUCAACAAACAUUUUGACUGGUCCCAUCCCUUCCUUUAUAGGAAACAUGACCAAAUUAAAUAUUCUUUAUCUUUCAGAAAAUCAAUUGUCUGGUUUUAUUCCUCUUGAGAUUGGAAAUAUGACCAAAUUACAAUUACGGAUCUCGAACUCUCAACAAACCUUUUGACUGGUCCCAUCCCUUCUUCUAUAGGAAAUAUGAUCAAAUUAAAUAUUCUUAACCUUUGGGGAAAUCAAUUGUCUGGUUCUAUUCCUCUUGAGAUUGGAAAUCUAAUUGAAAUUACUAAUCUCAAACUCUUAACAAAUCUUUUGACCGGUCCUAUCCCUUUCUUUAUAGGAAACAUGACCCAAUUAAAAUUCUUAUCACUACAAAUGAACCAGCUCUCUGGCUCAUUCCCUCGAUCGGUUGGUAAGUUAAGCAAACUCAGAGAACUACGUGUAUUCGAUAAUCAGUUGUCUGGACCUUUGCCUAUGGAGAUCAACAACAUUACUGGACUGACAUACAUAGAGUUGUCAAAUAAUAACUUCGUCGGUUAUGUACCCCCAAACAUUUGCAAAGGUGGAGCCCUAAAGUACCUCACUCUAACAACUUCCAAGGUCCCAUUCCCACGACCUUGAAAAAUUGUACGACACUAGAAAGGGUUCGUCUUGAGCAUAACCAGCUCACUGGAGAUGUAUCCCAAUAUCUUGGAGUGUAUCCCCAUCUUUAUUAUAUAGAUUUGAGCUUCAAUCUACUCUCCGGUACACUCUCACCAGAUUGGGCAAAAUGGCACAAUCUGACGCUCUUGAGAAUCUCAAAUAACAACAUCACCGGAGUCAUACCCUCCGAGUUUGGGCAGUUGACGAAACUGCGAGAGCUGGACCUCUCUUCCAACUACCUACAAGGAGAGAUCCCAAAGAGCUUCGGCAGCUUAACCCUUCUCUAUAAUCUGAGCUUGAGCAACAACCAACUCGUCGGCCAUGUGCCUCCGGAGAUUGGAAUGCUGUCCAAUCUUGAACUGCUUGAUCUCUCAUCCAACAACUUGGCAGGAAGAAUCCCCGAUCAAUUAGGCGACUGCAUGAAACUCCGAUCGUUGAUGCUUAACAACAACAACUUCAGUGGAACCAUUCCAUUGGCCAUUGGGAAUCUGGUGGUCCUUCAAGACACCUUUGACGUCAGCCACAACUCACUAACAGGGGAGAUUCCAUCCCAACUCAGCAAAUUGGUGAUGCUGCAAAGCCUGAAUCUAUCGCAUAAUUCCUUGUCGGGUCAUCUUCCUUCUUCGCUAACGUAUAUGACGAGCUUGUCUACCGUAGAUGUAUCCUACAAUGAACUGGACGGCCCUGUUCCUGAUAGCCCAGCUUUCCGAAGAGCCCCGGCAGAGUGGUUUGCCUAUAACAAUGAUCUGUGUGGAGUUGUUCGAGGAUUGCCUCCGUGUGUUUCACACGGUACUCCAACAAAAGAUGACCGAAGCAAGCGCCACAAAGUGGUUGUAAUAGCCAUCAUUGCUUCCGUCGUCUUCUUCCUUCUCUUGUUUAUAUUCAUUGCAGCUGCUUUACGAUUCCACAAGAGAAAGAAGCCGCCAGUACCUGUCGAUGAUAAUCACAUCAAAGAAGGUGCAUUCUCUAUAUUGAAUUUUGAUGGAAGAGAUGUAUACAAGGACAUCAUCGAAGCCACCGAAGAUUUCGAUGCCAAAUACUGUAUCGGAAGCGGUGCAUACGGCAGUGUCUACAGAGCAGAGUUAGCAAGUGGGGAACUGCUAGCGGUGAAGAUGAUUCACCUACCAGACACUGAAGGUACAUGCGACGAGCAACCCUUUCAAACUGAGAUACAAACUCUUACUCAAAUUCGACAUCGCAAUAUCGUCAAGCUUUACGGGUUCUGCUCCUCUCCCCAGCGCAAAUUUCUGGUGUACGAGUACAUGGAGAGAGGAAGUCUGGGAUCUGUCCUCAGAAGCGAAACUGCAGCUGAAUUGGACUGGGGGAUGAGAGUGAACAUCGUGAAAGAUGUUGCUCGUGCUCUGUUCUACAUGCAUCACGAUUGUGUUCCGCCUAUCGUUCAUCGGGAUGUUACCAGCAACAACAUCCUACUUGAUUCGAAUUCAAGGCUUGUGUUUCCGACUUUGGAAUUGCUCGACUACUGAAUCCGGAUUCAUCAAAUUGGACCAUGCUUGCAGGCACACGGGGUUACUUGGCACCAGAGCUUGCAUAUACAAUGAGAGUGACCACCCAAUGCGACGCGUACAGUUUCGGAGUGGUGACGCUGGAGUUGCUAAUAGGAGAAUAUGGAGAAAUACUUAUUUCCAUUCUGUCGUCUUCACCGAUCAAUGAUAGCUUCGUGAAAGACGUAUUGGACCGACGUCUAGCUGUUCCUGAGGGUCAAGUUGCGGAUGAAGUGGUUACAGUUUUGAGCUUGGCUCUUCGUAGCGUGGACAACCACCCUGAAUCACGCCCGACAAUGAAACAGGUCUCCGAGAAGUUAUGCGUGGUCAGAACACCCCCACCAAGCCUACGAUCUAUUGAUGCAUUGAAGUUUUCCGAUUUGAUGACCGUGGAGAUAUGAUCUAUAUGCACUCCUCUGUGUCCCGUUGCUUAUUUUGGUCAGGAUUGGGAGACUUUGUUUCCGUAUGGCUUGCUUUAUUAGUGGUUUCAUUCUGCAGCGUGUUUAAUAAAAGCAUCGGUUGGUAAUCGAUCUCUUUUCUGCGAUUAUUUUCGACUGGGUUGUAA